UCCUCCUCCGGUGGUUGUUCUUUUUCCUCGGACACGCUCCCUCCACGAGAGGAAAAAUGCUAUCUUCAGUACAAAACCCUCGCAUCCUCCUCCUCCACUGCCGGUGGUCUAAACCUCUCCACCACCACCACCACCGCCAUUAUCCCAAAGCCAUCCACGCCGCCGCUCAAGCUCAGGCCGUUUCUACAUCAUCCCCCACCUCUCAAAUCCAAAUUAUCCAAAAAUCCAUCCAUUCCCGGGAGAAAACAGCCCGCCAAUUUGCCGAAGAGUUUAUCAACCGUCUCCGCCUUACCGAACCCCAUGUCAAGAGCUUCCUUCACGUCUCAGAAACCGUUUUAAACGAAGCAGAUGAAAUUGACCGGAAAAUUGAUCGAAACGAGGAUGUGGGACCUCUCGCCGGAGUAUUGGUUGCUGUCAAAGACAACAUUUGUACCGCCGACAUGCCUUCCACUGCUGGAUCUAAAAUACUGGAAAAUUAUCGACCGCCAUUUGACGCGACUGCUGUUAGGAAGUUGAAGGAGAGUGGCGCCAUUAUCGUUGGGAAAACUAAUUUGGAUGAAUUUGGAAUGGGAAGUACCACUGAAGGAUCAGCUUACCAGGUCACUGCAAAUCCUUGGAACCUUGAAUGUGUACCAGGGGGGUCAUCAGGAGGCUCAGCUGCAGCUGUUUCCGCUAGACAAUGUGUAGUAUCGUUAGGAAGUGAUACAGGUGGAAGUGUCAGACAACCUGCAUCAUUUUGUGGUGUCGUAGGUUUAAAACCAACAUAUGGUCGUGUCUCAAGAUUUGGACUAGUGGCAUAUGCAUCAUCACUUGAUGUCAUCGGAUGCUUUGGCUCAUCGGUUGCUGAUGCUGGCAUCCUUCUUCAAUCAGUUUGUGGCCAUGAUAAACUCGACGCCACUAGUAGCAAACGGGAGGUUAUUGACUUCACAUCUCAGUUUGUUGCCAAAGAUUAUCUUGAAUCACAGCCCUUGAAAGGACUAAGAGUUGGUGUGAUUCGUGAAACUCUUGGUGAUGGAGUUGAUCAAGAAGUAGUUUUAUCUAUUCGUGGUGCUAUUUCUCAUAUGGAAGAAUUGGGAUGUAUAGUGACAGAGGUGUCAUUACCUUCUUUCUCUCUGGGAUUACCAGCAUACUAUGUUCUUGCUUCAUCCGAAUCUUCUUCCAACUUGUCUCGAUAUGAUGGUAUUAGGUAUGGUAACCAAAUUGUUUCUGAUGAGCUAAGUUCCCUUUAUGGAGGUUCUCGUGCUAAUGGCUUAGGUCCAGAGGUAAAAAGGAGGAUUUUGAUGGGGACAUAUGCCCUUUCAGCAGGUUAUUAUGAUGCCUAUUACAAGCGAGCUCAACAGGUGAGAACUGUAGUCCAGAAAAGCUUCAAGACAGCAUUAGAUGAACAUGAUAUUCUAAUUUCACCUGCAGCUCCAUCUGCAGCAUAUAAAAUCGGUGAAAAGAAAAAUGAUCCUUUGGCAAUGUAUGCAGGGGAUAUUAUGACUGUGAAUGUCAACUUGGCUGGAUUGCCUGCAUUGGUUUUGCCAUGUGGAUUUGUCCAAAAUGGCCUUCCUGUUGGUGUUCAAAUGAUAGGGGCUGCUUUUGAUGAGGAAAAAUUGCUGAGAGUGGGCCAUAUCUUUGAACAAACGCUUCAAGGUUGCUCCUUUAUCCCACCACUGAUAGCAGAUGAAUUUAAAUUCUAGAAAAAUUGAUCAUAAUAUAAGUCAUUAAUUGUCUUAUUUUUUUGGUGAAUUAUGAGUUAGAAUGAUAGUCCCGAAAGAGGGUAUCAAAAGGUAGUAAUAUUCUUGUAGUCAAUUUGCUUUGAACUCGGAUUCUUUUGAUGUAUAAACUAUGUGUUCAUUCAUAAAUUGGAGUUAGAAAUGCUUUGAACUCAA